AAGUUUGUGAGUAGGUGUGGUUCAGAGGAUGUGAGAAGCAAAUGAAGUAGCCACUUGAGGUUUUUAAUAUUUAAAUGUGCUAAAAACAAAAUCAAAAAAUGGAGCCGAGCAACCUCCAGAGACUCUUCUGCGCCUGUGACAUCAACCAGUCAGGUAAAAUUGAGUUCGAGGACUUCACGCUGGUGUGCCGGGAGCUCAACGUGCCCGACGCCGAGGUCCAAACGCUGUUCGGCAAGUUCGACGUGAACGACGAGGGCUCCAUCGACUACGGCGGCUUCUCGUCCAGGUUUCAGGAGGUGUUCCAAGCGCGGGGCUUGGCAGCCGCUCCGGGGAUGGAGUUCGCGGCCCGGUUCGAUGCCGAAUGUGUUCUGUCUGAAAGUCUGAGAGAACAGCUGGCCGACCUUCACCAGACCCUUCAGGCGUGUGCCAACACAAUUGCGCUGCAGCAGUAUGAGCGAGUCAUCUUCUCUGUGGUCAGCCAAACCCUGGACAACAGACUGGAAUGUGACCAGCUGGAGGCCAGUUUGAGGCGAGUGGGGGACAUGAACAGCAGUCAGCUGUCCGAACUGGAGGACGACAUGCAGAAGCAACUUGCGGGCACUGAGGAAAGGGCGAGGACUGAGGAGCGCAAGAAAAUGGAAGAAGUCUUGUGGAACAUGCAGAGAAAACACGAGAACCAGAUUGCAGACCUGCAGGCCACCGUGGACCGGCUUUUACAGAGCCAAGCGGCGUCUGAGUUUGCGCGUUCCAAGGAGGAGGAGCUCAGUUUCAACCAACGCGUGGGCAACCUGUCACAGGAGAACGAGCUGCUGCGCUCGUCUUUGCUGGAGUCACAGACAAACGUCGGCGUCCUCCACACGGAGCUGGACAAGCUGAAGAACAUGUACGCCGACGAACGGGCUCAGCACGAACGAGAAACAAACGAGUUAAAGAGGAUGGUGAUCGAGUAUGAGUCUUACGCCAGUCAAAUUCAGAUUCUACAGGACUUGAACAAGCAGUUGUACGACAGCAACGACGGCUUGCGUUCCGCUUGGGCGUCAGAAGAAGCUAAACGCGAGCUCCCGCAAAAGAAUGAAGUCCCAGCACGGAGGAUGAAGCCCAUGAGGCAGAGCACACUCAAACGCAGCAGCUUAGAGUCGAGCAACUCGACCAUGUCCAACGUGUCCUUGUGGGCGGAGAGAUACCUGGACAGCGGCGUCUCUCUGCCCUUGGACACCACCGAGAGCUCGACCAGCGACAUGGACACGGACAUGGACACGGACGACGGCCGAGGCUCCACCGAGACCGUCCACCGCAGCUACUCCUGCGCCCACUCCGACGGCGAGUUAUUGGAUGUCAAGUCUGAGGCCGGGCUGUCCUUGGGGCAGAGCUUCGGAAGUUCCAAUGCGUCAUCCAUGCGAAAACAGUUGUCUGCAUUUGCUAAAGAGACGGGGGUGGGCUCGGACGGGUCCGACAUGGAGGACGCCGUGCCCAUGUACAGUUUGGUCUUGGCGGGAGACGCCGGAACAGGGAAGUCCAGCUUCCUGCUGCGACUGGCGCUUAACCAGUUCAAAGCGGAUAUACAGACCACGCUGGGGGUUGAUUUCCAGAUCAAGAAGAUGCUUGUGGACGGACAGAAGACCAACCUGAAAAUUUGGGACACGGCUGGACAGGAAAGGUUCCGCAGCAUCGCCAGGUUUUAUUUCCGUAAAGCUCACGGGGUUCUGCUCUUGUACGACGUGACGUCUGAGAGCAGCUACCUCAACAUCAGAGAGUGGCUGGACCAGAUCCAGAAUGCCACUGAGGAUAAAGUGCCCGUGUGCAUUAUUGGAAACAAGGUGGACAUGAGAGAGCAGACGCCCGCCAAACGCUGCGUCAGCACUUUGCACGGAGAAAAGUUGGCCACGACGUACGGCGCGCUGUUCUGCGAAACGAGCGCUAAAGAAGGAACCAAUGUGGUGGAGGCGGUGCUCCAUUUGGCCAGAGAAGUGAAGAAGAAUGUAAAGGUGGUCAAACCCAAAACGUCUCCAGUGGAACUUGCUGCCACCAACGCCAAGAAGACUUUAGGCACAUGCUGCCGCCUGUAGACACAUGGCAGGAUCAAGUGAUUUGUAUUUUUUUUUUAUAUAGAUGUAUUAGAAUUUUUGGUCAUGUAAAUUUUUUUUUUUUUUGAUGGGAUCAUCCAUUCACUACACUUUGAAGUUUUCUCUCUAUUGCCUGGAAAUAGCACUUUUAAAAAUACCAAUAUACUCUGUGAUCGUGUUUAUAUUCGAUAUAUUUUUGCAUGUAAAUAGUUUUACUGAUUCCACAGGUCCUGAUUAAUCACGUCUUACUGAUUUACGAACCCAAAUUUAUUUUUGUUUUUGUACUAUAAGAACUGCACGAUUUGUUCUUGAAUAUGAAGGAGAACGAAAAAAAUUUUUGAGCUAUUUUAUUAAACCUCAAUGUACACACAACAUUACAGUCUGAACACAGUCAUGACUGGUCAAAGCACUUUUCUUUUUUUUUAAAGAACAAAAAUUAAAAAAAAUUUCUAAUAAAAUCUUCUGGAAAGA